AUGUACCCAGGAAACUCGCACGCCACCUACAACAACCAGUACCAGCGUCCUUCGGGUCCUCCUCCUUCGCGGAUAUACCAGCCCCCUGCGGGUCCACCGCCAUCCCGGCAGUAUGAGCGCCCAGCUGCUCCUCCUCCAAACUGGGGAAAUCAACAGACGCAGACAUAUCAAGGUACCGGUGGUAUUUCGUACCAGCAGCCAACCCAACAACCUCCAAUGCCAAAUUUCAACAUGCAAAAUCAGCAAAUCAAUGGCACCAACAAUGUGCAGCAGUUCCAGUACUCAUCUUGUACCGGUCGCAAGAAAGCACUGCUGAUCGGAAUCAAUUAUAUUGGCACGAACAACGCAUUGAGAGGAUGCAUCAAUGAUGCGCACAACAUGUUUAAUUUCUUGACCCAGACUCAGGGAUACAAGGCUGAAGACAUAGUAAUGCUGACAGACGAUCAAAGAGAACUUGUCAAGGUUCCAACCAGGGCCAACAUGAUCCGUGCUAUGCAAUGGCUUGUGAAAGAUGCACGGCCAGGCGAUUCCUUAUUUUUCCAUUACUCAGGCCAUGGAGGACAAGAGGAAGACCAGGAUGGAGACGAGGAAGAUGGGUUUGACGAUUGUAUUUACCCGGUGGACUUCCAGCAAGCAGGAUCUUUGAUUGACGACGUGAUGCACGACAUAUUAGUUAAGCCAUUGCCAGCAGGUUGCAGACUCACAUGUAUCUUCGACUCCUGUCAUUCGGGAACUGCUCUCGACCUGCCUUUCUGUUACAGAGCCCAAGAUGGUGGCAUCAAGGAAUACAAUGUCUGGAAGGAAAGUUCAGGCGAUGCCGUCAAUUUGGUGACAGGCUAUCUUACUCGCAAUACUGGCUUGAUGAUGAGCUCUGUCAACAACGUCUUCAAGCGUAUCAAAGCAACUUCCGGAUCACGAGCUGAGCAGAUCAAGCAGGCCAAGAUGUCACCUGCGGAUGUCAUCAUGUUCUCUGGUUGCAAAGACUCACAAACCUCUGCGGAUGCUAAUGAAGCCGGCUCUUUCACAGGUGCUUUGAGUUAUGCGUUCAUCAAGGUUUUGAGAGAGAACCCUAUACAGAGCUAUCUCACGCUGUUGCAAAACAUCAGAGCAGUGCUUGCACAAAAAUACACUCAAAAACCACAGCUCUCUUCAUCCCAUCAGAUCGAUCCAAAUGUUCGGUUUAUUAUGUAA